AUUCAACCCUUCCCUCCUCACCCUCACUCUCACACAUCCGCAAGACACUUUGUCUAUCACAUUCGUUUUUCAACAACCCCACACUCUUCCAACUCUCCCAAACUUAUAAUAAUCUCCCAACCUAAUUACUUCCAAAGUAAAUAAUUCAAUCCCUCAAAAUGCAAUACUCCAUUGCCGCCGUCAUUGCUCUCGCAGCAUCCACCGUCUCUGCCGGAUACGCUCACGGCAACGGUACUGUCGUCUACACCACCGAGAUCCACACCGCCUACACCACUGUCUGCCCAGUCUCCACUGAGUUGACCUUCAACGGUAUCACAUACACUGCCACUGAGGUAAGCACCCCACGAUCUGGGCGGGUUUGAUGAUGGAACCGUACGCGAGGAUAUCAUCUUGCGCGUAAUGGAGCCUCCUGAAACCGAUCUACUUGGCAAUUAAGAAUAGCAGACUGACAAUCUAUUCAGAGCACCACCUUGACCAUCACCAACUGCCCAUGCACAGUUAUCACUCCAGUUACCACCACAGCCGUAGUGUACUGCAACACCUGGUAGCCCCUCAACUGUUCCCACACAGUUUCCUAACAAUAUGCUAAUUAUAAUCAUAGUUCCUCCUCUUCCUCUGCCGUCCCAUCUAUCCCAACCAAGGCCCCAGUCUACCCUAACGGAACCACCCCAGCUGCCACCACCCCAGCUGGUUCCAAGCCAACUUCCGUUGGUACCACCUCUGCUGUCGGCCUCCCAUCCGCCACCCCAUCCACCAUCAGCGCCUCAAGCGGCAACAAGGCUUUCGCCUUCUCUGGCGCAUCCCUUGCUGGUCUCCUUGGUCUCGCCGCUUACGUUUUGUAAGCGGUCUACUGCUGUUCGGCUGUCCGAUACGUCACGAAAUAUACGAAUCUCACCGAAAUCUCGGUAAUUUCAUGAUGGAAGGAAAGCGGUCGGAGUGGAUUUGAUGGUGCUGGAAUCUGUGGGCUUAAUAUACGGUGUUCUGCAUUGCUCUAUGGAGUUAAUUUGACGACAAUGACCACGCAUGCAGGUCGAAUAUUUUCUUGUAAUUGUUUGAGGGAUCGAGAGUGUCACCACUACGUUGGCUGUCACGAGGAUCCCAUCAUACCCCCAGAGUGUUCGGUCUUUCCAGGUGUCUGGAGGCGAGGUCGGCGUGUUUUGUUUAAUAUUGUUUUGAGCUGCGAUCUACGGAAGCAGAACCCAAUCUGGUCAAAUCUACAACAAGCACAUCCUCUUGUUCCACCUGCAUUCUCCUUCCUCUGGACAACCUUCUUUUCGUGCUAAUAGAUUCUUAAAUAAUGAGUGAACGCUGGGUGUGUUUAUUGGUCGGGCAAGGAAAAGUUCGAUAUCAGCUUUUUAGAUUUACAGUGCUUUACGCCUGUCAAUUCAAUGGUUUCCAAUAAUCUUUGUAUCAUAGUGUUCUGGAAUCAAAUGAAGAGAGACAGAAAGCAUUGCUCGGAGACCAAGUUUUGGCCCAGCAUCCCAUAAAAUCUGUUCAUGAC